CAAAAACAAAAUUUGUUCCAAAGAGGGUAUCCAUAUUUACCUACUUGAAUUUUUAUAUAUAAAAUCAGAAAAUCAUAAUGCUUCAUGAACUUUUAUUUGCUCUGAAUGGAAAAAUUGGAGGUGUUUUUGUUCAGAACGAAAAAAAAGAAGUUAAAAUAAUUAAAGAUCUCCCGUUUUUACAACCAUCUGAAGCAGUGUUGGCAGAUAGACUAUGCCAAUUGGCAACAUAUUAUAUUAAAUUUUUAAAUCUCAUUAAAACAAGAACAUCUCUGGUCGACAAUGAAGAAAAUACCGGCAUCUAUAUAAGAUCAUUUUAUGCUUCUUUGGAUAAAAUUCUGCAACCUUAUCGAGAUGCAUUAGUUAUUUUAGAAGAAAAAUUAUAUAAGGAUCCUCACAUAUCUGCAGCAGCAUUUCAAGCAGAACUUGAAGACUACCAACUGAUCUUUCCAGCCCUCAGCAAUGUAAUAGAUCAAAUCGAAGAACAAAAUGAAAGAGGAUGUCAAAUUCUCUCUGUCUUAUCCAGCGCCGCAAAUAUAGGUUCCCCAACUAUAAGACGAUAUAUGAUACAGAUGCUUCAAAUCUGCCAUUGCGUCUUCUAUCGACAAUUGGCAGCAUGGUUGUUACAUGGUCUCCUAAUUGAUCCUUACAAUGAAUUUUUCAUUCAAAAACGUCAAGAAAAUGAAGACGAAGAGAAAGAUGAAGAAGAAGAGCCAGAAUUUGAAGAAAGAAUUGUUAUUCGAGGAAUAUCCGGCACUGAGCUAAAGAAAAUCUUACAUACUGCUUUUUCUCAUAACGAAGAAAUGAUAAGAAAGAAAGAGUAUGGUUUGCAUAUGAACAUGCUACCAAUAUAUAUUCCGAAGAGAGUAGCGGAAAAAGUAUUAUUUGUUGGAGAAAGUAUUCAAAUGUUUGAACAAGAUAGGAGUCUCAGCGAUCUUCCCGAAUUAAGAAAUAUUCUUGAGGAUAAAGAAGAGAACUUUACAAAACUAUUAAACAGUCUUGCCGAAGAAGAGGAGUUCAAUUUAAGGAAAUUUGAAGGUUUCGUUAAUGAAGUUAGAACCUAUGUAGCAGAACACUUAUGGAAAUUAAUUGUUCAAAAAUCUAAUCUCAUAGGGAGACUGCGAAGGAUUAAAGAAUUUUAUUUAUUCGGUAGAGGAGAAUUAUUCUUAACUUUUAUUCAUGAGAAUUUCAAUGCGUUUUCAUCUCCUCCAACUGGAAGUUCUAAACAUGACGUCAAUCUAGCUUUACAACAAGCAACAAGAAGUGUCCUUCUAGACGAUGAUCAGUUAGAAAAGUUCCGUUUGACAAUCGAUCAGCAAAAGACGAAUUAUGCAAGCGAAUUGACGGCAAUCGACGAACUAGAAGCAAACUGUAUUUGGAAUUCCUUAAACUUGGAACACACUGUGGAAUGGCCAUUACAUAUUGUUCUCACUCCAACAGUUAUAACGAGAUACAAUAUGAUCUUUAAAUUUCUACUAAGAGUUAGAAGAGUACAAACCGCUCUACAUAGUUGUUGGGUUGAUUCAAUGGAUACGAAAUCUUUACCUGAUCAAUUUUGUAAUAAUACUAGAUGGUGGUUACGUAAUCAUAUGAAUUUUAUUGUUAAUAAUCUUCAAUUCUAUCUUCAAGUUGACGUCAUUGAGUGGGAAUUUAGCGAAUUACUAGAAAAAAUAAAUAAAACAAUGGACUUUGAGCAUGUUAGCGUCGCUCACGACGCCUUUGUAACAUCUCUUUUAACAAAAUCAUUUCUAUUGACUAAACCGAUAUCCAACUGCAUAAGAACAAUACUCGAUUUAUGCCUAGCAUAUACAAAAUUGAUUAAGAAAAGUGGAGAAUUUGUGACCGACUCUGAUAACGAAUUUUUAAGCAGUAUAACAAAGUCAUUUGAAAGACAGACAAAAAUUUUAGUUCAAAUUCUGUCUGAUGUUAGAAAUCAUGGUUCAAGUCCUCAUAUACGUCAAUUGCUUUUACGAAUCGAUUAUAAUCGAUUUUUUUCGUCUGCCAAAUAA